AUGACUAGUAAUUAAUAACUGACACAAAAUGUGACUGAUAACUAAUGGACUGAAUGUAUUCUUUACGCUUGCCAGGUUUCGGCACACUUACUAAACUGAUGUUAGCCCAGUCACAGGAUGCAACAGCCAAAGUGCACAUCACCAGCAGUCAAAUUAUUCGCAACACGCAUGCGCGAAAACGGUGCAUCCCCUUAAAUAAAUUUUGCUAAAAUAAAGACGUGUUAAUGCGUCAUAACAUGAAAAAAACUUGACAACAGCUCGGACUUUUCUGUAUUUGCGUCGGGGAUAUGGCUCUCCUGUGUGAACAGAGAUAUGAGCUUGGAUCUGAGAGCCUCCUUGCCUGACAGCAGACAAAAUUGGCAACUCGUUACACUCCAUUUCCAGAAUCAGUCAACUCGGUGAAGUGGGCGGAUUCAAAGGUCUGGACCCAGGCAAAGAGCCUCCUAUUGGCACUCCAGCAACAAAUUGAGUGGCCUACAUAUGGAAUAUUCUUAAAGACGGAAGUGAGCACUCCUGUUCUCCGAUCACGGCUGUGGACGCUGCGCAUGCAUGUCAGUUUUUGAAUGUUUAUUUGCGUGUGUUGUAUAUGCCUAUGAGAUCUUCCCAAAGAUAGUUCAGAGCUUGCAUUUGCCUCCGAGUCUAUCCCGCUGCGGUAUGGCAGCGGCAGCAGAAGGGCCGGAGGACUGUGGCCGGAGCAGCGGCGCGCCGGGAGUGCGAACAGGUGACGGGGAACCUGAGGAGGCCGAGGAGUUCACCUGCUCGGCCUACUGCACGGAGCUCUCCCGGCGGCAGAACGAGCAGAGGAGGGCGGGGCUGUUCUGCGACGUGAUACUGGUCUUCAGCUCCAGCGGGGGGUCUGAGGAGAGGGUCCAAACCUUAACCGCCCACCGCUCAGUGUUAUCCGCGGCGUCGCAGUACUUCACGCUGAUGCUCGGCGGACAGUUUUCAGAGUCUGUCUCGGGGCGAGUGGAGCUGAAAGAAUGGAGCUCCACAACGGGACCAGACCCAGAAACAGUGGAGAGUGUCAUACAGUUCAUGUACACAGGAGAGAUCAGGGUAACCACUGCCAAUGUGCAUGAAGUGUUGGAACUUGCUGACAGGUUCCUGUUGGCACAGCUGAAGUCCUUCUGCGGAGAGUUUCUGAUCAAGAAGUUGAGCUUGUCCAACUGUGUAGCAGUGCACAGCCUCGCCCACAUGUACACCCUGGACCAGCUGGCCAAGGGAGCCGCCAAGACGAUUAGGAGAAACUUCCACAAAGUUAUCCGCAACGAGGAAUUCUACACACUGCCAUUUCACCUGGUGCGGGACUGGCUGUCAGACUCAGAAAUCACUGUGGAUUCGGAACAGGAGUUGUUUGAGGCCAUUGUAAAAUGGGUGUACCAAAACACAGAGGAGCGAGAGAAACAUUUUGAGGAGCUGUUCAGGCUUUUAAGGCUGCCUCAGAUUGCUCCUACCUACCUGACACGGGUGGUGAGAAAGGAGCCCUUAGUGGCAAACAGUGCAGCUUGUCGGCAGCUGGUGUGUGACGCCCUUGAGGCCCAUGCUGUUCGCCUUGAGAGCCAAAAGUCAGCUGAUUUAGAGCCCUGUGCCUCCUACACGGCAGCACUCCAGCCACGUUUUGGCCAGAACAUGGAUGUAAUCAUGGUAGUGGGUGGUGUUUCAGAAGGCGGAGACUAUUUGAGUGAGUGUGUGGGCUACUUUGUUGCUGAGGACCGUUGGGUCAACCUGCCGCACAUUCACAACCACCUUGACGGACAUGCCAUCGCAGUCACUGACAGCCAUGUUUAUGUGGCAGGCUCCAUGGAGCCAGGCUUCGCUAAGACGGUGGAGCGCUACAACCCCAACCUCAACACCUGGGAGCAGGUCAGCAGCCUGACCACCCGCAAGCACUCCUUCGGCCUCACAUGUGUCAAAGACAUACUCUACAGCAUCGGUGGUCAUGGCAACUUCAGUCCAGGCUUUAAGGAUGUUACUAUCUAUGAGCCUGAGCAGGACGAGUGGCAAAAUCUUGACCCAGCACCAAAGAUACUACGAGAUGUAAAAACAGUGAGCGUGGAGGACCGCUACGUGUACGUGAUGGCCAGGACCCCUGUAGACAUGGAAAAUGAGGAUGGACUGAGCACUGUGACCACUUGCUACGAUACAGAGAGUCACAAGUGGCAGGAUGUGGACUCCUUACCGCUCAUCGAUAAUUACUGUAGUUUUCAAAUGGCCGUUGCAUCCACCAACUUCUACCACACAGCUUCCUGUUGCGCCAAGAGCUACAAGGUAACAGCUGAGGACGUGCAGCAGAAAACAAGCAGAAACAUCUCUGACGACAUCCUCGACAGCCUCCCUCCAGAGGUCCUUAGCAUGGAAGGUGCUGCUGUUUGCUACCUGGAUGAAGAUAUAUUCAUCAUUGGCGGGUGGAGGAACAGCAACAACAUGGACAAGCAGUACCGCAAGGAAGCCUACCGUUACUGUGGUCAGAGGAAGCGCUGGUUGCUGCUGCCACCUUUACCUCAGCCACGCUGCCGAGCCGCAGCCUCCCACGUUCGCAUCCCAUACCAGUAUCUUCACGGCUGCCAGCACUACCCCAUGCCCCAGAACCUGGCUCGCCAGCGAGACCGUAUGCAACAGAUGCAGCAGCUCCAUCGCCGCACCCUCACUCUGCGCAGACAGCUGCAGUCUCAAAUCGAAUGUUGAGAUCAAAAGCCGCACGAAUGUGACAUUCUGCCUUGUCUAGUCAGCGCGUAAUCUGCUGAUAAAUGCCUUGCUGUUACCUAGGAGUGGGCGAUAUGGCCCUAAAAUAAUAUCAGGGUAUUUCUGCGAUAACGAUAUUCUUGACGAUAUAACAAAAAUCCUGAAAUAUAUAUUUGUCUAUUGAAAAUGUAUAAUAUUUGAAAGAAUACAUUACCCUAUUUCUAGUAAAUUAUUUCUUAUUUCACCAUUUUAAUUCUACUUAAUCCUCCAUAUUAUUGUGUGUUUACUCACAAACUACUUUAAUCUGCUCACCUUGCUUUUCCCUUCAGUUCUCUUUUCACCACACACACACCAGCUUGCCCCGCCUCUUUCUGUUUCUCUCUCCCUGUUUGUGUUGACUUUCUUCAUCAGCAGUAUGUUUUAUAAAGUCGCCCAAAAAACACAACUCGCGUUUUAGACUUUUUCACCCUUGAAUCCGUUUUCACAGCCGCUUGGUCGCAUGUGGAGGAGGCUUGUUGUUCAUGAUGUAGCCUAUUGAAACGAUCGUAACCAACGUGGUAAGGAAUGACAUCGGCCCCAACAGGAGACUCUCUCUCUCUCUGUUUCUCUGCAGAGCAUGUGCGGUUGUCAGCAGACCGCAUGGGAGGGGUAGAGCGAGGGGAGAUUGUCCACUAGUUUGUGGAUGGCGCUGUUAAUAUACCUGGACGGCCCAACAGAGUAAAGUCUAUGGGUGGGAAACACUGCUUGAUCUUUUGUAUCCAAACGACUUCCACUACUGAAGUAGCUCCCCUUUUUGGAACCAAAACCGUGGAGCCGGUAGCAAUGUUACUUUUGCUUUCAGCCAUGCUUGUUGUUGCUGUGCAUAACAGUGCAAUGUCGACAAUGUUUUGCCUUUAUUGAGGUGAAAUGUCUGCAUGGGUUUACGUGGGGGUGGUUUGCAGGAAAGAAAGAUUGAAGAAUAUAAUAGGCUACUAAAUUAUCAGUCUUACAUAAUCAUUUUGGCCUUACAUUAUUAGCUUAUGCCUUACUUUUAUUCUGCUAGUAAAUUAUACUGAUUGAUGUGGCAUUUUCUGAAAAAAAUUUUGAUUUCAACAACUUAGCUUAGCUUUUUAUGUGGUCUGUAUUAACACCUAAAUGAUGUCAACAUAUGUUGUGGUUCAAGUCAGAAUAAAAUUAUGACAGUUACCAGUGACACUUUUCUGUGAAAUUUGGUUAAGUUUAGUGUUGAGAUAUAAACCUAGCAAAGUAAAUGAUGUCUAUAAUAAAAUAACACAUUAUCAGUGUGGAGAUAAUGAACUUACUGUAACAAUCAGCUGAGAAAAGAAGUAUCAGCUUUAACGUUUUACUCCUCUCGCUACUUACAUCUACUUUCUCUUCUACCUCCAAUUUCCACCAUGGUUUUACCUUUUUUUUUUUUUGCACUGUAGGGAUUGAAAAAUGUAAAUGUUGAUCGUAUGUAGUGUGAAUAGACAAUCAAUUAUCACAAUUUUUGUAGCAAGAAUUAAGUAUUGAGCAAAGCACAUAGUGGGGAACAGGUUGUUCAAUGAUUAUGUUUUCCCCCUCACUAAAACAUAAGCCUGCUUAAUACAGUGUUGCACUAAGAUAUGUGCACUAGAACAGUUUUUACAGAUUGUACAAUACUUUUUUGCCUUUCCAAUGGAUGUAUAUAAAUGUGUAUGAUUUAUUUCUUAAAUAUUUCAGCUGCUCAAAAAUGGCUUUAUUUGAUUUCUCUGGUUGUUGCUUGGUUUGAAAGAUAGACCAAAUACCACCAUAAUAAUGAUAAGAAGUCCUUUUUGGCAAAAGAAGCUCUAUUUUUGAUUUAAAUGCAGUUUGUUGGCUUUAGUGGACAGGAGUUGGAGUUUUGUUCUGCCUUUGUGCUUCUGACAGAAAUUAAUCUGCCGCUUACUUUGUGAAUUAGAGCUCAUGGUCACAUAUUGACACUGCACUGUGGAAAGACUAUGAAAUGUGUGAGACACAUUAAACCAGGAGGCUGUUAGGUUUUGUGCAUGGUUCUCUCUAUGUUCCCAACUGUGCCAUAAAAUCCCAACUGCCCCUUAUUAAUACAGAUAAAUUAACUGUAUUUCCUGCACUAAAGGACCUUGAAUGUUAACUUAAACAUUGUACAGUGUUGCUUUUUUUGACUGCAGUCUUUUGACUCAAAACACCGUGUUGUGUGGACCAGUUGCUAAGCUCAGUGUAUUUCUCCAUUACUGUUGAAGUUGCGAGUGCCUGUGGUAUCCCCAGCCAAGCUGUUUUAAAUAUUAUCUAAUUAGGCUUUGUGAGCUGUAUGUUUUUCCACUAACACACUGUACAUAAUGUGAGCAGUAUUAAUUGAUGAAUGAAAAUCAUUUGAUCGGUUCUAUGUGGAGGUUUUGAAUUUUCAAGAAUUUUUUAGUUUUAAGCCAGUUUUCUCAUGUAAAGUGCGCACAACCACAGGAUUCCUGCAGAAAGCAACAGAGCAGACAUAGACAUAGGUGGAUUUUAGUGAUUGGCUGUAGUAUAUCAAUAUCACAUUUGAGGCUAUAUUUCAAGUUCAAAUUUUUGUCCCAGUUUGAUCGUUGGAGAGUGCCAUAUAUGCAGAUUUCAUGCAGCCACAUGUACUGUUACAUAUUUUGCCAUCCCAUUUGCAUGUGAAAGAGCUGCAAAUGUACAGACAUUUGCAAUAAAUAAUAAAUAAUCAAA